CAGAGAGUGAGGAAACCCGUGCAGUGCAAAAGUGCUGUCGUCCAUUUAUCCUUUCUGCCCUACCUCUUUAUCCUCUGCCUUUUACCAUACUCCUCUUUCUCUUGCUCCCAGUCUCUCUUCUUAGGAAGCUGCUCUAUCAGCAGGACAAAGUGGAAUGCCAGAAUGGGUUGUGGAAAUUCCUCUGCCACUAACACCACAACAGCAGGGCCUGCAGAGGCUGCUAAAGAUAUGACAGAGGAGCCCUCACAAGAUGAUGAAAAAAGAAGGAACUAUGGUGGAGUUUAUGUGGGCUUACCAACAGAUCUGACCACAGUAGCAUCCAGCCAGUCCAAGUCCACCAGGAAAGACUAGCAUGUCCUUGAAGUAACAGCAGGAAACCAAAAUACAGCUGAAUACAUUAAACAAAGGAGCUUUUUGUGGACUAGCGGCUGAUGAAGAGUUUAUAUUUGCUCAAACAAACACUGAAAAUGACUUUUGGGUGACCUCACGGCCUACAUGGAGUGGUGCAUCGCGCGGCGCUCUGGGAGCAGUGCUGGCUCUUUGCGAGGAGUAUGCCCAUAUGGGAGCACCCACUCUCUGAUCCUGUCUGUUACUGCCAGCAGAGAGGCUGCUAGGAUUAGAAACAGGAAAAGAUGUUCCCAGCAUUAAAACAACACUGGAGUCAACAUGGCAGGGCAUUCAUAGCUCAGGAACAUGCCUGACCUUUGAUCACAAUGAAGGUGUGUUAACAUCCAAACCUCCAAUCAACUCCAGGUCUCUGCAAUAAAGGACUAACAUGCAUCUAUGUUCAAAUAUGUGGGAUAUUAAGUUUAUAGUAAAGCAUCUAAAAAAAAACACCGCCUUAGAUUGCAGAGUCAAUCAUUGUUGUACUUUCACUGAUGCUACUAUUGUAUGGAGUGAAGGAUUCAGACAUACUGUCCAGUUUUAUGUAGUCCUGACCGAACCUGUCAGAUGAGGGUUUUCAUCACUAUUGCCAAAUGGGGAAAAAAAUUAGUACAGUAGUUUCUUCAUAUUCUAUAAUUAAUGAUUUAUAUUGGUACAUAUUUUCUUGUCUGAAAUGUCAAAUGAGAAGGCAAAUCCUAUCCUUUAGGCCUAUAUAUAAAUAUUUUUAUAUAUAUACACACACACAUGCAAUAUUAAUACCAUUUCAAGUACAUGUGUAUAAUGGGGAGUGGGGUGAAAUGAAAAGCUCUCUCAUCCAUUUAGUCUGCUUAUAUACACACCAGUGCAAGUGCUCAUUAGUUCCUGAGUUUAGCUUACUAAAAAGGAAAUGGUUUUGAAACUAGUUUGGGUAUGGAUUCUGUAAGCAUAUCUUGUAUGGAAUGAUGACUGUAUUGCUGUGUUUUUAUAGUCUCAGGUGGAAACAGAAAUUAAAGUGUUAGAAACUU